AUGUCUCUAGUUUUACGUAGAUCAUAUUCACUCAAGUUCAGAAAGAACGUGCCAAUUUGUAAUAAGUGUAACUCGUGGCCUGUUGGUGCUUUUAAUAUAUUUAAGCGAAGUUUUAACGAUGAUAAGGUGAAUAACCAUGGCUUUAGCAGUAGCAGUAUUAUAAUGGAAAAUGGAUACAAUGUUCAAGAGCUUCCAAUACUUAUAAGAAAACUUAAAGAUAUAAGUGAUUUUGAAAAAGAUUCUAAAGUAGAGUCACCGCAAAGUACUGGCGAUUAUUAUACGAAUAAUAAUUAUCAUGUAAUUCAAGCAGAGUUUAAACAAUGUACGGAUUUACGCGAUGUGUUUUUAUUGAUUUCAAGGUGUGCCAAAAUCACUCCAAGCAUUGCAUUGGGUGCAAUAGAACGCAUUUACGAUUUAGAAAACAAUCCAAUUUCAUUGGUUAUUGAUAAUGAUAUAAAAAAUGAUCAUAAUAUCAGUGUUGCAAAGGCGGCAAUUUUAGACAAACUACUAAAAGUAGUUAUGGAAACUAAAGAUACAUAUACUAUUCUGAAUAUUUUAAAAACUGUUUCUUCAGUAAUAGAACCACACAAACAUAAUUUUUGUGAAGAGCUUCUUGCUAGAGUUGUUGAUAACAAGCUGACAUUGAAUCAACUUUGUGAUUUUAUAAGUUAUUUAAUAGCUAAUAGUAAUGAUUCUAAAUACUCAGAACUUGUAGAUAAACUGUGGAUAGGAUUUGUUGAAAGGGAGAAUGAAAUUAAUGAAAAUAAUAUUGUAAACAUAUUUAAAAUUUUGCCUGGCUUAAAAUCGAGUAGAAGGACAAUAUUUAUUUUAUUGGAACAGAAAUUAUCAGAUAUAUGGUACAAAAUUACGGCCCCAUAUAUGCAGGAAAUUUUAGAGAUAUUUCUACGAGAGAAAUGCUUUUCACUACAGUCUUUUGCAGUUGUCGGUACCUGGUUUAAUAUGAAUAUUCAUUCUUUAGAUGACGAUGCUCUGUUAGAUAUAAUAACAAAGCUCACCAGUUUAAAUUAUACUGAUAAUCAUAUAGAAAAAGCUGUUGAAAAAUAUAUGAAACAUAAGAGUGCUAAAAUUACAUCUCAUGUGUUGAUAGUAGAAUACUUAACAAGAAUCACUAAACCUGAGAUCAUGAAGCGUCUUAAUUUAAUUGAUACUGCAUUAUCUUUGGAGUGCAAAGAGUAUCCAGGACCUUUGGUACCCAAAGACCAUUGGUUAGAACCUGUAAUACAGGACAAGAGAAUCGAGAACAUGUUAGAGAAGAUAAAUGGCAUAUUUUCUUCUAUAGUAGGAAACUCAAUAAAAAUAUCAAAUGCUGUAUUGAUACCAAACAUUUGUUCAGAUCAGACAUAUCUAAUUGAUGUUAUGCUACAUGAAUCAGAAAUUGGACAAAGUUUGUGUAACUGGAAACUCAAAUCUAUGAAGAAUAAAUUUAUUGCAAUUUUAAUUCAUCUUCCCGAUCAUUAUUGCUCUGACAACAGUACACUUAUUGGACCACAGAAUUUAAGGGUUAAACAUUUACGUAUGUUGGGUAUUAAAGUGGUGAGUCUAAAGUAUUCAAAGCUCAGUCAAUUUUAUACUUCACAUGAUAAACCAGCUAUGAUAAAAUAUGUAAAAGACAGCAUCAACAAUGGUGUUCCAUGUUUGUAA